CCACGGGCAGCCACGGGUUCUGGUGACGGCGGGCGAGGACACGAGCCAGCAUCUGUAAGACGGUCUCUCAGUAUAUGUCGGGGACUCAGGCCACGAGCCAGCAGCUGACGGUGCUCUCACCGAUAUACCGGCCACCCAAAUGGUCGAUGCCCGGCCGGCGCUCUGAAGUAAGAUCAAUCACGAGAGGUCGACGUCAAAGAAGUGUUGCUUACCUGCAGGGCCGCGAGGUGACGCCUGGUCCGGGAGCUUACUCGCCUGGUGAGCAAUCGGCCUGUUGCGUCUCCAUGGCAUUGAUGGCACGUCCGUCUGGACGAUGGAUGGUCGGAUGGACGCAUGCAGGAACGACCAAGCGCCGUCAGCCACAUUGGGGCUUCGGCACGAGCAAGAGGGAGCCGUUCAAAGGUGGCCUUCCCCCAGGCCCUGGCACAUACGACCUCACAAUGCAGCCAAAGGUGUGUCUACUGACUGGCCGUUUUUUCGCUCCUUCUGGAUAUGCAUCGCCUUCAUUUCCCUCUCUCCUGGUGUCUUGGCGCACAUGUUUGUCUCAAGACGCCCAAGUGGAGCAUGAAGGCAAGACAGCAAGUGAAGCUGCCCCCGGGCAACACCGUUGGCCUACAAGUCACGCAGUUUGGGUGAGAAACACCAAGUACAGUACACGGGCGGGGCACAGACCGACCGCCCGGAUACGCCUCUCGCCUGUCUGGUCAGGUACUAGAACCUGACUCGUGUGUGCGUUGUGCGUGUGUGGUGUGGUGGAUGGAGUUUGUGUCCUCUGGCUCAUAAACACAAGAGAAGCCCAAAAUCGCUCAGGGGCGUGCAGUAGCGUGCAGUUAAGACACGAAUGAAUUGGUGCUGUCCAUUCCAUCAAAGACAGUAGUCCCCGCUUCAUGCAAGUGUUUCUGCC